UACCUAAAUGUUGAACAGAGGCUGUGUUGUACCGAAGUCAAAUUCCUUGUUUGACACCCUCAAACAUUGCAAAUAAACACUGAGGUAUUAGGCCCACUUACACUCAUUGGUGUCUCGUAACUUGCAGAGGACUGCUCAGUGGAAGGCAUCCUCCCUUGCUACUGGGAAAUGUGCAACAGCCAGCAAAGAUGCCACAUUGAGCUUUUGAAGGACCAGUCCUGCCCUGCCACCUACAAAUAUCUGCAGAUGGUCUAUAGCUGUGAACAGAAAGUAUGUCUCGAUAGUCUGGGCAUCGCCGACGGCAGCGUUGCAGACUCUUCCUUCAAAGCCUCCUCAAUGAAAGACGCCACCCCAGUAAAAGCCCGCCUCAACAGGGAGUCCUGCUGGAAGCCGUCAAGAAAUCCCGUCGGCAGCUGGAUCCUGGUGAACCUCGGCUACAAGAGAAAGGUGACGUCGACCGUGACCCAGGGGUGGGAUAGCAACAAUACUCGCUCCUGGGACAUCAAACUUGAGAUGAGACUAAGCGUUGACAAGAGGAAGUGGACCAAACACCCGGACGGGAAGUUCAUCGGCGGUGGGACUCAUCUGCUUGAGACGCCCGCAAUCGCUCAGUACGUCUGCAUCCUGCCGCUAGAAAAUUGUCCAGAAUUUGGCCUCCGCUUCGACAUCUUGGGAUGCGCACAAGAGGGUUCUACUGUCCGCCCGGGUGUGACAAAGAGGAACACUUUGUCUUCGGAACGAUGGUCUACUCUGCAGUACGGGAUUGCCUGACCCCACCGGUGGACUUCUUGUCUGUGACUGCAAGUAUGUGUAAAUGCAGCACUCGCACAUCUGCGCGGCUGCUAUUCACGCUGGAGUCAUUCAGAACAACAUCGGAGGAGAUUGCAUUGUGAUGAGCGCUCCCGAGCAGCACGUUUACUUGGGCUCCACCGGGAACGGGAGCACCUCCAGACAGAGAAGUCCCAUGAAGAGCAACCGACUAAUUAUCACUUUAUUAUUUGCACUGGGUGUGUAUUUUAUGUUUGCAGACAGGGGUGAGUUAAAAACAUUUUUAGGUCACGCCAACUGUCAUGACGACUAAAACUCACACAGGGUCUCGCCUGCAGAGCCCAGAUGCUCGUCACCUGACUGGGAGGAGUUUGCGGGGUUCUGCUACAAACAUUUUGACGAUGAAUUGAACUGGGCUGAUCUUCAACGGGUCUGCCAUGGUAUUGGUGCCAAACUGGUGUCCAUCCGCACCGAGGUGGAGCAGGCGUGGGUUAAAGUGCCUCUAAUGUUGGCGCGCAUCCCAACCUUAAAUUUCCAACAGUCUCCGUAGAACGACUUGAUGGGUGCAAUAUCUGAGAACCGGAUGAGAGCUCUGUUCCCAUCCGUUCCUGCAGAAACCAGCGACAUGUGGACCGAACUGAACAACCUGGUGCUUCCCGGCACGUUUGUGUGGUCGGACCGCCACAAGGUGACCUUCACCCACUGGGCCAGCGUGUCAGCCUCGGUAAACACUCUGUGGCUGUGUUACGGCAGACUGGAAGAAGAUGGAAGCCAAUGUCUUGCGCCCAAGUCAACAGCUUCAUGUGCGAAAUGCCCCACAGAGCAUUUUCCAAUUGCCUCAUCAAAGCCACAGGUGGCGUCAUAGAGUCAACCUCGCUGUGUCGGUUCCAAACAUCCCAAGACCAACCGAAGUCCAUGGAGAAAAUUAACAAUGCAAGCAAGACAUCGAAGACGAAAUUUUAAUGCCCUUCCUACUCUGCUCAAAAUAAAUAGUAUCACCAUUUUAACAAAAAAAACCCACAAAAACAAAAAAAAUGUCACUGACUAAGGACAACAUACCU